AUGGCCAUGAAGAAUGCUACAGCAGUGCUUGAGUUUCUCCUUAUCAGAAUCUCUAACUACCUGAGUGAUGAGUCAUUUUUCACAUUGGUUCUAAUAUCUUACCUCAGCACAUUGUUUGGGAAUGGACUUAUCAUUCUUAUACAUUUUGAACCACACCUUCACACUCCAAUGCACUUCUUCCUUAGUAACCUGUCUUCCUUAGACCUUUACUAUGGAAUAGUCUCUAUGUCCCAGGCCUUGUUGCAGAGUGUCUCCUUGUUCUUGGCUACAGCAGAGUGCCUCCUACUGGCUGUGAUGGCAUAUGAUCCUGUGGUUGCUAUCAGCAAUCCUCUGCGCUACUCUAUGGUCAUGAAUGGCCCAGUGUGUGUCUGGCUGGUUGCUACCUCAUGGGGGGCAUCACAUGUGCUCACUGCCAUGGUCACCUUAUCCCUACAUCUUCACUUCUGUGGUACUAAUGUCAUCAAUCAUUUUGUCUGUGAGAUUCUCUCCCUCCUCAAGAUGGCCUGUUCUGAUACCAGACUCAAUGAACUUAUGAUCCUCAUCACAGGUAUCUUCACCCUGCUGCUGCCCUUUGGGUUUAUUCUCCUUUCCUAUGUCCAAAUUGCUGCUGCUCUCUUAAAAAUUCACUCAUCCCAGGGUAGGCUCUAGGGUGGUUCUUUGUCUACCUGUGGUUCUCAUUUGACUGUGGUGACAAUAUUCUAUGGGGCAGCCACAUAUAUGAAACAGUAAUCUAAGUUAUCCCCUGAUCUAGACAAGUUUAUAUCAGUAUUUUAUAGGGCUUUGACACUGCUGAACCCUCUAGUAUAUAGCCUUAAAAACAAAGAUGUUAAAGAGGCACUAAGGAAAGUUAUAGUAAAUAGAAAAUGA